AUGGUUUCUGACGUUAAGGUCCAAGUCUUUACUGAUUUCGAUGGAACUCUUUCCCUCGAUGAUACUGGUCUCAUGUUGAUUGAUGACCAUCGAUCGCUUGGUCCUGAGCGUCGUCGUGAGCUCGAGCAUUUGAUUCUCACCGAUAAGAUCACUUACAAGCAAGGUUUGUCCGAAAUGUGGGCUGCUGUUCACAUUAGCUGGGAUGAAGCCUGGGCUGAAUACUUGGAUCAUUGCCGUAUCGAUCCUGGUUUCCCUGAUUUCAACGAAUACUGCCGUGAAAAGGACUUCCCUGUCACCAUCAUCAGCAGUGGUCUCUACAUUCUUCUUGAAAAGAUCAUGGCCAAGUUUUUGGGUGAGAAGGCAAAGGAUAUCAAGAUUGUGUCCAACAACGGCACUGUGGAUGGUCGCAACUGGAAGAUCGAAUACAGAGAUGAUAGCGAAUAUGGCAACGACAAGUCACGUACUUUGAAGACUGCUCGUGAAGCCGCAUCCCCUGAUACUAUCUUUGUCUUCUGUGGUGAUGGUGUUUCCGAUAUCUCAGCUGCUAAGCAUGCCGAUGUCUUGUUUGCUCGUAAGGAUCGUGAUUUGGAAACCUACUGCAAGAUGCACGAGAUUCCUUUCAUUCCCUUCGAUACCUUCCAUGAAGUCCAUGCUGUUGUGAAGAAGUUGGUGGAUGGCAAGGCCAAGAUCCAAAAGGAUGAGAAGACCGGCUUCUGCAAUGUCAUUGACGUGUAA